CAGUGUUUACGGGCCUGUUGCUGUGCCAAGGUUGUCAAGCACUAUUGUUCGUGUAGAUCUUCUUGUACUGCUACACGUCCAGGGAUAAAGUGCAAGGCCGUCCAAGUGCAUCAACACACUUUGAAAAGAAAGGAACUAAAGCUUGUCUGGAGAUGACGGGGAACUGCAGCGUCGCUUUAAACUGGACCGCCUUCUCUGGCUACGUCCCAGACGCUGUGCUGCAAUUCUACGUCUUUUACUGCUGCGCCGUCUUCAUCGUUGGCACCAUAUGCAGUCUAGUGGCGCUGUGGUGCGUGGUGAGCUGCCCCCGCACCAUGCUCCCCGUCAAGGUGAUUCUGUGUGCCCUCUUCUCCACCACGCUGCUCAUGUGCCUCCUGAUGAUGCCCUUCAUGGCCCACCUCUCGCUCCACAAGUUGUGGUGCGACAGGGAGAUUUCCACGUCCGUCCUGAUCGUGUUCAUUCCCGGCUACGUUGCUCUGAAUGUGAUGGAACUCUUCUACAUAUUCGUUAUGGCUCUCCUCAGAGCUCUGGCUGUGUGGGCGCCACAGCGGGGAGGUCUGAGCCUGCGCACAGCCGUUGUUGUGGUAGUAGGGAUUGGACUCUACAACCUAUCCAUAAAUAUGGUGGGAGCCGCGUUCUGGAAACAGAUCAGUUCAGAGUACACGGGGAAGGUGAUGCUGAUGGUGUCCAACGUGCUGCACUACUUCUUGCCCAUGCUGCUCACCCUCGCCUGCUACUUGUCGAUCAUCGUGACGGUGAAACGUAACAAGCGUAAACUUGCCGCCAAUCAACACGCAGCGGAGGUGACGUCGUUGAGACGUAACAAGUGUAACAAUGACGCCAGUGAACACACGACGGCGAUGACGCCGUUGAGACACAGCAGGUGCAACCCUGCCGCCAAGCAUCACGCAGCGACGGCAAUGGACGAGGCGACGCGGGCCAUGCUAGCGGUGUUCCUCAGUAAUUUCUUCUUCAGUCUGCCGAAUUCCAUCUACAAUAUCUGGUAUUUCAACCACAAAUUCUUCUCCUACGUCAUCAUGACCUCAUUCUUUUUCACGCAUCUGUUCGUCGACCCGAUGGUGUUUGUGUGUUUUAAUCAGCACCACCGGAGGCGAGUCAUGAAGGCACUCAGGUUCUACCUCAGUCGCUCUCCUCGCGAAGACAUGCCCACCCAUGAUUCACAGGCCAUUCGGUCAUCCUCUACCCGAAUGAGUUCUCAGUAGGGGCAAGGCAAUGUUCACAAAAAUAAUAAUUGUUGAAAUUUUUACUUGCAUAAGCUAAGGUAAAGUCGGGUGCAUAAUAUACUCUGUAGUUGCCCGCGGCUGCGCUGCUCAUCACCGUCGCAUUGGCCCUUUGAAUCUGUGGUGGGAAGAUCCCAUUACUCCAGGACACGGGCCAGUGUGAAGUUCGGGAUUGCCACAGUUAACCUUCCUCAGGUUUCCCAAGGUACCCAUUUAUCGACCACCACGAAACGGAGCAUAAACAGAUAAGUGAGCUGCCCGCAGAGUUCCCAGGCUAGUAUUCGAACCCAGGCCAACGGAUUUAGAGUUAGAUACGCUAAACACUGCUCCUCGAAGGGGAAUUAAGUAAUGAAAAGAGAAAGAAGGGGAAUAAUAUGAAGAUGGGAUGGAACACACAGGAGGAGGCAAGGAAGUAUAUUGAGGAAGAGAAGAGAACAGGCUUGGAAUGAAAGGAGGAGCAGGGUUCGCAUAAAUUAAUGAUUUUUAACCGAGUGAAAUUCGUUUAAAAAUAAUGCUUAAUCUGUUAUAUGUUAGGUUUAUAUUUUAAUACAAUUA